GGAGCCUUCCGAUUCUCGCCCACCGAGCAAAAAAAGCAAAAUGGCGGCAUCAGCCAGCGUGGCGCUGCAGAACCGGCCCUAUCGCUCUCACAGAGUACCAGCGUGUACGCGAUGUCGUUCGCGCAAGAUCCGGUGCAAUAUCGACAUCCCCGGAGAGCCAUGUCUCUCUUGUCGCGAACGCCGUCUGAAAUGCUUAUAUGUCGAUCCCCCGAAAACGUCACCCCCGUCGGAGAGCAAUGUUGACGGAAGGCCUACCAAACGGCAACGCACCAACAAGAAUGGAGAUGCUACAGACGAAACCCCUCCACGUCCCCACGCACUCCCAACGUUGCAUAGACCGUCUACACACCCUUCCGCCUCCAUCAUGCUAGCGCCUCACGUGGCAGAAGACGUAGACAUAUUGCAGCGCCAUAUAUCUCAACACAAGACUUCCGAAGGCGAAGAUCCCCAAUCAUACCAAACCCUGUCCCACGACACGAGGAACCCCAUCGUCUAUCUCUCCGUCCCACGCUAUCGAUCCGGGCUCCGCCCCGAAGCAGGCCCCGGGAAGGAGCAACUGGAAAUCAUUGAGCAGGUCAUUGGUCCUUUCAAGAAGGAAGUCAUCGACCUCUACUUCCAGCACACCCAUCCGCACUUCCCGAUCCUGGACGACGAGACCUGUGGUGCCAUCCGCGAAGGGGGUCCUGCGGAGAGGGCGCCCAAUAAUCUGAUGUGCUGCGUAUACGCGAACGGAGCUUUCCAUUGGCGCUAUUCGGACACCUUGAAACUUCAUCCACGCCCCAACAACUACUAUGUCUGGAACAAAGCGAUAUCUGCUGUACUAGAAGACUUCCUAUCACCCAGUCUCGCCACUGUGUCCUCGGCAGUCUUGGACCUGAUCGGCCGGCCCUCCGUUUCCAUCAUGAACAAUGCUACGCUUUGCGGGCGAAACGUCGCACUUGCACAGACGUUUGGCCUCCACCGCGACCCUUCAAAAUGGGAAAUGAGCGACGAGGAUAAAUCGACUCGAAUACGCAUCUGGUGGGGCGUUCUUAUUACCGACUACUGGUCCAGCUUCGCGUACGGGGCCCCUCCGCACAUUGUAAAGGACUUCUACGAUGUGCCCAUGCCAACGCUUGAAUUCCUCCUCGCGUCCUCCAACUCCAAAGUCAACCUGAACCAAAGAUACGCAACGGCAUGCUUCAUUCACCUCUGCGCGCUCACUGAACUGCUCGGCGAUGUUCUUUCUCUUGUGCAUCGGCUACGCCCCGAUCCAUCCGAGUUCUACCACUCGGUCGAGCGCCGGAAAGUCGAGCUCAGUGAGCUGGAAGCCCGCAUGCCAGAGUGGCUUUCCUCGCCCAAUCGCCCCGGAUCUAGUAAUUUGUGGUUCUGCUUCCUCUCCGUCAAGCUGCUGCUGAGCCGCUCAUCCUUGCGGGCAGCUGUUCUCCUUGGCGAUACUCAGCUAGAAAAGAUCCGCCUCGAGGACUUGCGCGUCUCGUCCUCGGCGGUGCUGGAUUUUGUCCUGUCUCUUGGGGAGGCCCAGUUCCACGACUUCUGGCUCCCCUAUGCGACCUACCUGCUUGUCAUGGCCGUCAUGGUGUCGCUGCGUUGCACGGUCGAGGCCCAGCAUGUAGAGGUGAGGAAUGCAUGCUUCUCAAGGUUGCAGCAAGUCAUGGCGCAUAUCCAGCAUGCACAUGAUGACUAUGAUUGGGACAUAGCGAAAUAUUGUCUCGAGAGGUGUAAGGAUGCGGUGGCCAAGAUUUCAUCGUAUGCGACGAGGGAUGCGCAAACACAGCAGCAACUGCAGCCAGCACAGCAUCAACUUCAACAUCAGCACAUGCUGGAGAUGGACCCAAUACAACAUGACGGUGCCGGCGGGUUCGAGGAGCCUUCGUUUUUGCUAUCGGAUUUCUUUGAUCCUGCUGCAUUUGAUUUCUCGUGGGAGGCGCUGUGGGAUACGCCGUCUGGGAUGAAUUUCACGAUUUAA